AUGCGGAGCGAGAGUGGGGCAGGGAGGAGCGAGCGGCCGCACGCUGCCCGUGUGGACUGGCACGGGCUUGGCAGCACCAACGGCGACCCCCAGUGGGCCCCAAAACGCCCCGAUGCAGGCAUCCCACCCUGCCACCCCCACCUUCACCGGGGUCCUGGGCAGCAGCCACCGAGCACAGGGGAACAGAGGGCACAGCAAGAGGGACAAAACCAGUCAAGGUCAGAGACCCCCCCCCCCCCCCCCCCCCCCCCCCCCCCCCCCCCCCCCCCCCCCCCCCCCCCCCCCCCCCCCCCCCCCCCCCCCCCCCCCCCCCCCCCCCCCCCCCCCCCCCCCCCCCCCCCCCCCCCCCCCCCCCCCCCCCCCCCCCCCCCCCCCCCCCCCCCCCCCCCCCCCCCCCCCCCCCCCCCCCCCCCCCCCCCCCCCCCCCCCCCCCCCCCCCCCCCCCCCCCCCCCCCCCCCCCCCCCCCCCCCCCCCCCCCCCCCCCCCCCCCCCCCCCCCCCCCCCCCCCCCCCCCCCCCCCCCCCCCCCCCCCCCCCCCCCCCCCCCCCCCCCCCCCCCCCCCCCCCCCCCCCCCCCCCCCCCCCCCCCCCCCCCCCCCCCCCCCCCCCCCCCCCCCCCCCCCCCCCCCCCCCCCCCCCCCCCCCCCCCCCCCCCCCCCCCCCCCCCCCCCCCCCCCCCCCCCCCCCCCCCCCCCC